GAACAGGAAAAAUGUUAAAUAUUAUCUCCCUUUACUGAUUCAUGCUAAUCUAGUUUUUCCGUAUUAGUUUUUCAAGAUACUUUGGGAAAUGAUUUACAGAUUCAAAUAAUUGCUGCAUGGAACCUGCACCAGUCGAAAGAAACGUCGUCUCUGACAAGGUUAUAGAAAGCAGACACAAUGAAGAGGAGAGUCUUGCAACACGUGCAUCAAGAUACGAUGAAGGAAAUAAAGCGUCUCCCUCGGGAAACAAGCAAAAGUCUGUAGUAGAUGUUACUGUGAGUCAGGAUGGUGCAUGGCCAAAACGUGGAAGGGCGAUGAACAGUAAUUCAGGUGUCGGGCAUGUCGUCGGUCAAAAUACGAGAAAAUGCUUAAAUUUUGGUACAAGGAAUAAACGCUGCAAAAAAUGUUCUUAUUAUCAGAAAGUGGGAAAGCCAGUCCCUGUCCACGACUGUCGUCAAAAUUGGAGCCAUUCUGCAAAAGCUAUGGAGCCCGAUAUUUGUGUUCAACUGCAUAAAGAGGCAAGCAAUUCUGGAUUGAAAUACAAACAUAUUAUAGGGGACGAUGACUCUGCAGCAACGAAAUACAUCAGGGAGAAAGUUAAUUCUGAUAUUGUAAAAUUUUCAGAUCCAACACAUACAAAACGGACCGUAGGCAAUAAACUUGAAGAAAUUAGUCGAGUCUGUCCAUCAUUAACCGAAAAAGUGAAAUCAUCAUUUAUUAAAAAUUUCACAUACGCUGUCAAUCAAAACAAACAAAAAGGAGAAGCUGAAUUAAGACAGGCGCUAGAAAGCAUCGUUCCACAUAUGUAUGGAGAGCACCAUCUUUGCAGCCUCUGGUGUAAAAAUAAGGUUAAUAAUGUUAAUACAGAAUAUAAACACAGUAACCUGCCGUAUGGGAAAGACUUGACUGACCUCAAACUGAAAAAUGAAUUGACGAAAAUUUUGCAACCAUACAUUACCAACCCUGCAAAACUAAUGACAACCGGAGAUUCACAGGCAAACGAAUCUCUCAAUAACGUUAUUUUCUCCAAAGCACCUAAAAUUAGAAACUAUACUUUAAGUGAAAGCUUUGAUUUUCGAUGUGCCGCAGGAGUUCUUCAGUUUAAUGAGGGUGUCGAAUACGUACAAAAAGUCAUUGAUGAAGCAUGUCUAACACCAAGAAAAGAAACAAUGAACCACGUUGAGAGAACGGAUAAGAAAAGAAAAUAUCUCAAAGAGUACAAAUCACAGAGAAAAUAUAAGAAACGGAAGAUAGAACUUAAAACUGAACGUAAGAAAAAUGAUUUAAUGAGCAAGGUUAAAUUGGGAGUAACUUAUGAAACAAAUUGCACAUUAUCUACUGAAGACAUUGAUACAACUGAAAUUAAAGAUCCAAAAGCAUCAGCAAAAAUUUCCUAUAAUCCUGAGGAUACCACAUUAAUAUUUGUUGAUAUAGAGACGACAAAACUCGGACACAAUGCAGAGAUUUUGCAAAUAGGAGCGUCAACAAUAAAUGGAAAGUCUUUUGACACGUACUUACUACCUACGGGUCUUAUUUCUUCGAAAGCUUCUGAGGUAACUGGUCUCACGGUUAAAGUUGAAAACAGCGUCAGAUUGCUUUGUAAAGACGGCAAAAACCUCAGAGCAUUAUCUUCCGAGGAAGGGUUGUCACGCUUCAUUGACUGGAUUAAAACCAUUGAUUGCCCUACUAAAAUUCUUUGUGCACACAAUGGGAAUAAAUUUGAUUACCCAAUUCUAUACAAUCAGCUUCAAAAGUAUCGGCUUUUAAAACAGUUUGAAUCAAUAGCAUGUGGCGUCGUAGACAGUUUAGACAUUUUAAAAGCUGUAUUACCGCAACGCACCUCGUACUCUCUGUCAAACGUUUACAGAGAUUUAAUAAAUGAUGACGGCAUGGAAAAAAAUAUUUCUGACCGUAUAGCUGCUAAAAUGUGCAAGGCGGGUGUAACAUAUGAAGUUUUAAUGCUUGCACAUAGAAGAGACGAAGAAAAUGGAAUCAAGUUGCUUUUGUCAGAAAAAAUUAAUAAGAAAGUAAGAGUUACAAAUCGGCAAAAAAUAUUAAAUACAAUAACUGCUGCAUGUUCGAGGAAAAUGAAAGAUAAUGAACUAUCUAACAACAUUGCAUGACUCCCUGCUAUUCUGUUAAAAAAUGACUGCCGCAUUACCUGUAA